UAUCAGAAAACAUUCGAAAAAGAUAUCAACAAAAACAGUCUUUGUGGCACGAAGUCGAAGGCACAUCACAAAGAAGACCCUCGUCUUGUCCUGGUGGCUGCAAACGAAUGUUUGUUGUAUCCAUUUCUUGAUCAUCCUGGCAGUAUAGCAGCAACAGUAUUGGAAGAAUUAGCUUUGGAAUUUCUGUCGCGAUAGUGUACUUCAUCCUCUUCACUUUAGUCAGUCGGAGUCUUUCCCCAUCAGAGCUCUGUGAGAUUGUCGCAGAAGUUGGUGUCGCUAUGGUUUGUUCCAAAUGCGAGAAGAAAUUGGGCACGGUCGCAUGCCCCGACAAGUGGAGAGACGGAGCUCGUAAUGUAGUCAGACCAAAAGCAUCUGGAUCCGCUUCCGCCUCAGCUGCGGCGUCAAGUUCAUCUGGUGGCCCAACACGGAAACUUGGGGAGAACAAACUGUUGUCAGGUCGCAAAACUAGGUUUCAGCCCUAUGCGAAGUUUGAGAAGUGCAAAGUUUGCAAGCAGGCUGUCCACCAGCAAGGCUCACACUACUGUCAAGGGUGUUCCUACAAGCUAGGCAUCUGUGCAAUGUGCGGCAAACAGAUGGUGGACGUAAAGAACUACAAGCAGACAUCCGUGUAGCUGGCCUGCGGUUUCAAUUGCUUCGAUGAUGCACAUCCCAUGUGUACUUGGCUGGUCCUCUCCCAUGCAAGUUACGUUCACCCUUUACCCUGGCCGGUGUGGGUGCACAACCAUCAGCACCGCCCUAUUAUGUAAAUAGAAUUUUUGUAUUGGAACUGUUUUGAUUUUGGCCUCGGUCAUCCACGGCCGGCCGUGGUUCCUGUUGUCCAAGGCUUGCUCAAUAUCCAGCAGGAAACUUGUUUGUUGCAAUAGUGCAAUCUUCAAGUCUGUAUAGUGCUGAUAGUGCAUUCAAUUCCAGUACAUACUUGUACAUACAGACUCAACUUCUUGACAGAACAAAGCGUAUACAAUAGAACUUACUCACAUAUCGACAUAUAUACAGUGUGCAUUUUGUACAGAGCUUGAAUGAUAAUUAUUAUUAUAUAUAACGCACAACUUUCCGCCUUUUUUUAAAAUUUGCUUUGCCUCCUAUAUUUUGUUCGCUUUGUACAUAGCUUCUGAGUGGUCAUCAAUACAUGUAUAUAAAAUGAUAAACAACGUGGAUGUUGAUGGGGUAAACAUGG